GAAACGUCGAAAUAGUUGACGUUAAGCGACUAUUCUAGUCAGGUUGAUGUACAUCACCGGUGACGUGCAUUUGAUUUUACCUUUCAUUGGUACUUUUAUUUUUCUCAAGAAUGGCAUGCUAUGGUACAUGCUGUCUGUUGGUAUACACGCAGAAACGGCGUUUACGGAUUGACGGAUGGAUGGACGAUCUCAUCAAUUGUGGAUAUUCUUUGACUUUUUAUUUCUCUGGACAUUUUCUGGCCUCGACAUACCCGGUGCAGCAGGGGUUAUUCCCAUCUCUAUCUCCUUAAUUGGCAUCUCUCUCUCUCUCGUCUUGGUGGUUAGCUUACCGCAUGAAUUGCUAUCAUCUGGGUCAUCUCCGUCUAAUAGUGUUUGGCACCGGCGUGAGCAACGCAUCUUACAUAAUGCUGCAGCUCUUGUUUAUUUCGUAUAUCCAUGUGUCUUCUUUUGUACAGCUUAUCAUCUGGGGUGGCAUUUGUCGAUUUCACAUCUCGUUUUUUCUGUAUAUUUACAGUACUUACGAUCAGACUGAUCAGUAUAUAUACCUAGUGCGUAAUGCAUAACUAUGGACAUCCAAC